AAGCAUGCACAAAAAUUAAAUUAAAUAUGACGCCCUACUUUUCUGCUCCUUCACGGGCGUAAUGUUAUGAUUAAUUUGAUGUGAUUAUGUUCACUUUGGCUACGAUAUUUGAUGCUGGAAUAAUUACCUCACAAUAAUUACUUUAUUUUAUGGAUCGUUUCAAAAUCAAACAAAACGUGUUAUCACAAAAUGAGACAUAUAAUAUUGCCAAUGUAUCGAAGAGGAUAACCAUAUUACAAAGAGACAUCUAGACUGAUUAUGAAAGAAGGAACUACAAAUAGUUAUCAACAUGUUUGGAAUUCAAUAUCGAAAUUUAUUGAUGAUCAGCCUUCUUGUUGAUACAAGCUGUUCAGGUUCCCGAACAAUUCCAAUUCAAACCGUUAGUGUAAAUGGAACAGCCCAUAUUCACUGGUCAAUGAAGUCAACCAAUAUACACUUCAUAGUAAUAAAACAUAACAAUAACACGGUUAACAUUGCCCACGGUAGGCCAGAUAAACUAAUAAUCCCGGAUGAUCGACUAUCCAUAAUUAUCAGAGAUUCAAAAAUAACUUUAACUAUAACCAAAGUACGCUAUGACGAUGCUGGAAUUUACACGUGUUUAAUAAACAUAGCACAAGAAACUAAAGAUGUACAGCUCAUUGUUUCUGCGUUGGAGAAGGGUAGCGCUGUUGAUGUCCCGGGAACUGUUCCAUCUACCUCCAUACGAAUGAACGAUAAAACUUAUACCCCGUGGCCAGGUGAUGAAGCGUUGGAGAAGGGUAGCACUGUUGAUAUCACUGGAACUGUUCCAUCUUCCUCCAUACCGCUGGACGAUAAAACUGAUACCCUGUGGCCAGGUGAUGAAGUAGGUUCUGGUCGUGUCGAAUUAAUCGUUAUGGUAGUGAUCGGAUUGAUGGUACUAUUUUUUAUCCUCCUCGCAGCAAAUACGUUGUAUUUUAGAAGAAAGCUCAUUCGUGGAGAACGAGUGGACAGUAUCGGAAUGGUUGCUCAUAGCUAUGAAAGUAUAAAUUCAUCUGUACAUGGUAGAGUAGAGAACAGUGCAACACAUAAUGCAGAUGACACUUCAACAGUUGUGAUGGGUCAGGAAUUAAGUCUAAAUAGUAAUGUCAUUAUAAACACAGACGUACUGACCAGUAAUUUGUCUCUUCCUGAUGAUCAAGUCGCCACCCCGAUAUCUCAUGACAGCGAUGGGGUCAAUGAACUGAAUGAUAUAUCAACAGUGAUGACUGGCCCAGAUCAUUUGACAUCGGCCCUGGAAAUACUACUAACCGGUAAUACCCGUAGUGCAGCCCGCACUGUAUCUAGUGCUCAUGCUAGCAAUGAACAUGGUGAAGAAUGUGCUUCCUGCAGAAAUAACUAUGACCGACUACAGAUGAGGCCACCGAAUGUGGACAACAACACGUAUACAAGUUUGAAAGACCAGACCACAGAGUUAUAAAUGUGUACAAGAUAAUGAAAGAUUCGUGGCAGUUUCGAGGACAUUUUAGGUUGAAAACAGACAUUUGCUUGAAAUGAGCUAAAAUGAAAUGGGGUUUAACGUCCUACUGUUCUGUUCCAACUGGGUUAAUGCUAAAACGGACUGCAGAUUCAUUAUUAGCAGCCUUUCGUAUUUAAAAUCUUCUGCCAAGUAUUAUAAAUUAUAAAUUUAAUAUUGUUAUUCUUAAAUUUAUAAUUUCAAUGUUAGAAACAUUGACAAGUAUAAUUAUAUUGUUAAACUGCAUUUUGGGUCUAUUUCCUCCGAGUUGUGGACUCAUAUUUACAGUGAACAAUUUUGUAAUUAACUAGCUAGUCAUAUUUUCAGUGUACAGUUUUGUAAUUAAAUAGCUAGUCAUAUUUCCAGUGUACAGUUUUGUAAUUAACUAGCUAGGUUGUUUCUAAGAUCACCAAGUUAAAUGAAACCUGUU